AUGACGGAAGAAGGUGCCGGAUUUUUUCAAGACUCGUACAAUCCAAAGGAAACGAGCAAGAUGAGCGGUGAGAAGCCUUCCUCUUGUACUCCACUCACGAUCAGACAACUUCUCGGAAAUAAAAAGACAAAUGAACGAUUUCAUGUGGACGGAAAGGAAUUGGAUAUUGUUGAAAUUUUGGGACAAGUAGUGGCCAUUUCCAAGAAGAGUACUUACACUUCCUUCACAGUGGAUGAUUGUACAGCCUCCAUGGAGAUUAAAAUUUUCGAUUCGAGCUUAAAAAACAAUGAAUUUUUGGCAAAAGAAAGAGAAAAUAUUCGAGAGGGAGAUUUUGUAAAAUUCUUUGGACACAUUAGCGAAUGGAAGGAACGAUUUAGUUUGAACGCAAUCAUGGCUCGAGUUGUCACCGAUGCAAACGAAAUUUAUUUCCACAUGCUUGAAUGCAUUCAAGUACAUCUUUUCAACACUCAAGGACCUCCUCCAAGUGUUACUGGAUCGUCGCGUGGUGAUGACAUGAACACUUCCAUGAUGGGCAACGAUGCUUAUAACUUUGGAGCAAAUCCCUCAUCUUCUGGGCAAAAUGAUGUUGCUGUGGCAAGGCUGGAACAGGCCAUGGAUGAAAUUCUUACUGCAGCGUCACAAGUGAUAACUCCUCAAAAGAAGAGAACUGGAGUAUUGAAAUCUGAAAUUUUAGAUCUUCUCUAUGGGCAAUAUCCUGAAGAUCAGUUAGAAGCAGCAUUUGACAACCUAGUUCAAUCCGGAAAGUUAUUUAACACCCUAGAUGACGAACAUUUUACAAUCAACUAA